AUUAAUGUGUUUAUUUAUUCAAUGAAUAAAAAUGGAUUCAACAGUAAGUCUACCUCAUAGGACGUUAUUCACAUUUGCGUUUGAUAUAAAGAACAUGCACACGCCAACAUGCCAAAACUUGUGCCUGCCAGAAGAACAUCCUGUCUAGUAGGCGCGUGCGUUUUGUUUUCCACUUCGUCUGUGCGUUGUCGACCGCUGUCAAUCAACGCGGCGGAAGUGCGCCACACAAACAUAUGUCCCAUGACUGAGCGUCGUAGGUGGUGGAGGGGGGGUUUGCGCUGGGUCUUUUCUGAAGGUGGGCGGUUUUCUCAACAGUGUGACUGCAAUCACCGGCUGAUUCACUCCUAAACUCCCCAUUUCACCGACCAUGAAGAUCUGGACAUCGGAACAUAUUUUCAACCAUCCUUGGGAGACAGUCACCAAGGCUGCGAUGCAGAAGUACCCCAACCCCAUGAACCCUAGUGUGUUUGGGGUGGAUGUGUUGGACCGUAGUGUGGACACACGGGGACGCCUGCACAGCAACCGGCUGCUGAGCGCUGAGUGGGGUCUGCCUUCCAUCGUCAAGUCGAUCAUUGGCAGAACACAGACGUGCACUUACAUCCAGGAGCAUUCUGUAGUGGACCCCGUUGAAAAGACAUUCGAGCUUCAAUCUUCAAACAUCACAUUCACUAACAUGGUGUCAGUGGAUGAGAAGCUUACAUACAGACCACAUCCUGAUGACGCAGAGAAGACGAUAUUGACUCAAGAAGCUCUCAUCUCAGUCAAAGGGGUUAGUCUGAGUAGCUACCUGGAGGGAGUUAUGGCUAGCACCAUCUCUGCAAACGCAGGGAAGGGUCGUGAGGCGAUGGAGUGGGUGAUCAGGAAGCUAAAUGCAGAGAUCGAAGAGCUGGCAGCCGCCGCCCGCGGCACCAUAAGGCCUCCCAUGGCUGCUGCUAUGACUUCAGAGAAAUGAUACCUCUAAGUUCCCAGCGACCAGCCUGGAGACAUUGUUCUUCUCCUGCGUCAGAACAGACUCCACCUCCCUUUAGACUGGUCUGAUUCUCAUCAACUGGACAGGAAUCAGAUCUACAAGUUUGAUUACAAUUCAAGUACUGUAUUUAUUGUUAUUAUUUAAGUACUAACUGAAAUUAAGGGAACAACGGUAAUCCUAGUAUAUAUAUAUAUAUAUAUAUAUUUUUUUUUAAACAUUUUAUAGGCGAGGAGCAUCUCAAAUGCCGUGUCUGUUGGAGUAGAAUCUAAAUAUUCUCAGUUGCUCUGUGCCCAAGUUUGAGACUAGAGCAGGUCAUGUUAUCAGCAUGCAGUAGUACUAUAGCCUCAGGGACCGUGUCAAAUAUAGAGGACGGUUCAGCGAGUAACAACUUGGUUCUGCACCGAUCUUGUUGGACUGUGCUAGCCUGAUGCCAGAGUUGGCAAGAGAGCACAAACCGAUCUGGGACCAGGCUAAGACCGUAUCAGAGGUUAUUGAAUAAAUCCUGGGGAUGCAAUCACCUAUAACAGACAGAACAAGAACAGUUUCAACAUGCUGCAUUUUAAUACCACCUUCCCUGCGUAAAGCUGCACCUAAAUUAAGAAUAGUAAGGCGUGGUUGGAGUUUUUCAUACUUGACAGUGACAUAUAUUUAUUGAGUGAAAUCACUGACAAGGGGAGGAGUAAAAUGUGACUUUGGGAAGAAGAAACGGAUAAGAAAUGUACGAUUCCUCACUAAAUAUUACUAAUGGAUUGUUCUUCGGGGCCUCAGAAGUCUGACCCUCUGCCAGUACAAAAUGUCUGUGUUCUUGGAGUGUUAUGACCCCAACAAUGAAUACAUUUUAACGCACAUACUGUACAGAAGAGAGGGGUCGUGCUCCAGGCCCUCCAGUAAUAUUCUGCAUUCUCUCCCAAGAGUGAAACUAAGUAUUUAAAUAAUAUAAAAUAAGUGUUUUGGUUAAAUGUUCUGUACUGCUAUAGCCUCCAGUCUGUUAUGGAAAUGUCUGCUAUGUUUGACGUAUGGAGAGAAUAUAUUAUUUAUUUGAUGUAUAUAGAGAGAUGAAUGUGUUUUUAAUUUGGUUGUAAACAAUGGUACUUGUUGUCAGUAGUACUUACAGCCUGGGAUGUCCAGUAUAUAUUCUAGAUCAUAACCCUGAGGAGAUCAAAUGCCUCUGCUACCAACUCUAAGGGACGCUUUCCUGUACGCAGAUCAAGCUUAACACUGGACUAUUGAUAUAUUGUGUUUUUAAUCCAGGACUAGGUGUAAUCUGUGCAAACCUGACCAGAAUGUUUUGUCUUGUGUCUAUGGUGAAAGAUGCUACAGUCAGUACGUGUGAUGUGUGCAUUCCAAAAACCAUGCCAGUUUGCAUUCUCAAUACAAUUGUGUUAUGUUGCCAGAGUCAGUUCUAAUAUGCUUUAAAGUGGUAAUGUCAAAUAUUCCUGGUUUGUUAAUGACUUCUGACAUGACCUGAUGUUAGAACAAAGGGACAUGUUGAUUGUUCUAACAUGUAAGGAGGAAUUUUGUGGGUGUUUUUAAAAAAUAUAUAUUUUUUUUUACCCAUAUUUAGAAUAAAAUAACUUUAACUCUACACCUGCACAACAAUAAAACUCAGUUGGUGCUGAAGUCAUAAUGGAUUAAAAUGCUUCUGUAAACUCAAGUUCCAAAUGGUCAAACAGAAAUGAAGACCAGGCAAUGUUGGUUUACGUGAAAGAAAUAAAGUCCUCUAAAAUAUG